AUGAAUACAGACUCCAAGGAGGUUAUAUCCCUGGAUGUUCAAGCUCGUGAUGUUUGGGAAGAACUGACGGUGAAGGCAGAGGCAGAAAGUCACCUCCAAAUGCAGGAAUCCAGACUGAAACGCAAUAAUCCACUGGCAAGGGAGAUCUUCCGAAGGCGCUUUCGACAGCUCUGCUACCAAGAGACCCCUGGACCAAGGGAGGCUCUCACCCAACUCCGGGAUCUUUGCUACCAGUGGUUGAGGCCACAUGUGAGCACGAAGGAGCAGAUUCUGGACCUGCUGGUGCUAGAGCAGUUCCUGUGUAUCCUGCCCAAGGAGGUGCAGGGCUGGGUGCAGGAGCACUGUCCAGAGAGUGGGGAAGAGGCAGUGAUUCUGCUGGAGGAUCUGGAGAGAGAGCUCAAUGAACCACAACGUGAGUUCUAAAUGGUAGCCUACAGACACCGAAGAGAAGUCCUCUCUAAAGAGACAGUGUCUCUAGGAGAGCAGAUGUCACUGGGCCUUCAGUCCCAGCCUAAGGAGCCCCAGCUCACAUGUGACCCUGCUCAGGAGGCCCACAGUAUGGGAAAGACAGAUGGAAUGACCAAGACUGAGAACAGAGAGUUGGUGCUAAGGAAAGACUGUCCUAAGAGAGUGGAACCACAUGGGAAAAUGUCUUACGGACAGACCUGGGAGAUAUCACAGCAGGAUCUGCGACACAGAGAAGUUGGUGACUGCAAGGGUGGGGUAGAGAGGCACUGGGGAAACCCCUUAGGAACCGGACCACACAGAUGUGAAGAAUGUGGGAAGAGCUUUGCUCAGAGCUCAGGUCUUGUUCGACAUCAAAGAGUUCACACUGGAGAAAGACCCUACGAAUAUAAUGAGUGUGGGAAAACCUUCAGUCGGAGUUCGGGUCUUUUUAAUCACCGAGGAAUCCACAAUAUUCAGAAACGGUACCACUGUAAGGAGUGUGGGAAGGCCUUCAGUCAGAGUGCCGGUCUCAUCCAGCAUCAGAGAAUCCACAAGGGAGAAAAGCCCUAUCAGUGCAGCCAGUGCAACAAGAGCUACGGUCGGCGUUCAUUUCUCAUCGAGCAUCAGAGAAGCCACACAGGGGAACGACCUCACCAUUGCAACAAAUGUGGGAAAAGCUUUAAUCGCCACUGCAACCUCAUCCGCCAUCAGAAGAUCCACGUCGUGGCAGAGCUGGUCUAA